AUGUCUUUUACUGACUUCUCCAAGAUUGACACCUUGAAGGAAUUGAACACCUUCUUGGCUGACAAGUCCUACAUUGAAGGUACAUCUGCCUCUCAAGCAGACGUCACCACCUACAAGGCUUUCCAAAAGGCUUUCCCUGACUUCAGCAGAUGGUUCAACCACAUUGGUGGCAAGACGGCUGAAUUCGAGUCUUUGCCAGCUGCUACUGGCUCUUCCGCCGCUGCUGAAGAGGACGACGACGACGAGGUCGACCUAUUUGGCUCUGACGACGAAGUCGACAAAGAGGCUGAGAAGUUGAAGGCCGAGAGAAUCGCUGCCUACAACGCUAAGAAGGCCGCUAAGCCAAAACCAGCUGCUAAGUCCAUUGUCACCUUGGACGUCAAGCCAUGGGAUGACGAAACUGACUUGGAAGAGCUGGUCGCGAACGUCAAGGCUGUCGAAAUGGACGGUUUGACCUGGGGUGCCCACCAAUGGAUUCCAAUUGGUUUUGGGAUUAAGAAGCUACAAAUCAACCUUGUUGUUGAGGAUGCCAAGGUGUCUCUAGACGACUUGCAACAAGCCAUCGAGGAGGACGAGGACCACGUCCAGUCCACUGACGUUGCUGCUAUGCAAAAGUUGUAG